UCGGAUGGCAUUUUACACUUCAGUUGUACAAUGAGCACCUGUUGCCAGGGAGGCGGGUCACCAGGCGCGUAUUUUUUUUUUUGGCGCGCGUCAAGGAAAGAAACGAAACGAAGCGGAACAGAAAUGUAGAAAAGUAGUUUUACGGCACGGGCGAGGAGGGGUUCCUUUCUUUCGUUUUAUGCGUCCCGUUCUGCCUCUUUCCGUGGACGAAUCGAUUCUUUCGGCACCCUCCUUGGAAUGAUUCCCCUCGAAGGAACCACUCCGGCGGAUUAAGUUGGCGAAACGUGAGGCAGCAUUUGAAAAGGCAAAAUGGCAUUUUAAGUAAGCGCAAAAGGUGUAGUGACUCCUCCCGCGUUGCCUCCUUUUUGCGCGCAUCGACGAUGCAUUGAGGGGGAGAGGCAGAGAGGGGAGAAGCGGUAAGAAAAGAAGCAGUAAAGAACGAAGCAGUAAAGAACGAAGCAGUAAAGAACGAAGCAGUAAAGAACGAAGCAGUAAAGAACGAAGCAGUAAAGAACGAAGCAGUAAGGGGAGAAAGCAAACGCGAGAGAGUUUGCUCGAAAAGGCGAACACUCACCUGUCAAAACCUUUGCAGAAAAAGCCAGUCGGUGGGCAACAUGUUACAACGUGCAAGUUGAUCUAACUCGUUGCUCCUGUGUACGUCCCCCCAAGUGAUUUUUGUUGCGCCUUUGCAGCCCUGCAGGAAGAUGCCUUUUUAAUGACUACACCCCAUAUGUUGGGAGAAAAAUUGACGAGGCAUAUUUGUUUAUCAAAUUACGCUGCACCGCAUUAGGCUGUGUUUCUUCCUUUUUUUUCCUAAGUGGCUCAGUGAACCCCUUUUUUUUGCGUCCUCCCACUCGAAACUACCACCCAUGGAGCACUUUCACAAUUUGGUGACGGGAGCCCUAUCGGGCGUCGCCGUUGACGCGGUGCUGUACCCCAUUGACAGCUUAAAAACGAAUAUGCAGGCAAAAAAGGCCUUAUCAUUUUCUGACAUAAAGAAGAUGUACAGUGGGAUUUUUCCAACCCUAGUUGGCACAAUUCCAGCGAGCGCUUUCUUUUACUGCUUUUAUGAAUUAUCCAAAAAGUUACUGAAAGAAAAAAGAGAAAAUAUCAGCAAAACGAAUUUGUACUUAAUUUCAACAAGCAUGGCGGAGGUUGCAGCGAGUGUCGUGAGGAUGCCGUUCGAAAUAGUGAAGCAGAAGAUGCAGGUGUCUGGAAGCAGCUCCGUGAUAAACACCAUCUACGAGAUCACGCAGCGGGAGGGUCUGCUGUCCUUUUUGGGCAAAAGCUAUUUCGUUAUUAUCGUGCGCGAAAUUCCCUUCGACUGCAUUCAGUACUUCCUGUGGGAGACCUUAAAGGAAAAGGCCAAGAGAGACUUUGGCAAAUUUUCCAAGAAGUACCCCUCCAUAACGUCCGCCAUAUGCGGCGGACUUGCAGGCGGAAUCGCCGGGUUUUUAACCACCCCCAUGGACGUGAUAAAGUCUAGGCAAAUUAUAUACGGAAAAUCCUAUAUAGAAACCGUCACAGAAAUAGCGGAAGAAGGAUAUUUGACAUUCUACAAGGGAUGCUGCUUUCGGUCAAUCUAUUUAUUUUUUGGGGGGCUCAUCUUUUUUGGGUCCCUUAGAUUUUUCUCCUUUAAAAAGGAAUAG